GAUCGGCACGAAGAACAGAUCGCUCUUUCUAAAAAAAGAAAACAUAUCGCUCGAUGUCGACGUCCUCGGCGACGAAUCGUUUGCGCCCUCCGGCUGUACCGGCUGCCUCCGCCACCGUCCCCGACGAGGCGUCCCCAUCUCCAUGGGCGUCCCUCCCCGCGGAUCUGGUUCGCCUGCUUGGCUGGCGGGUGCUGGCGCGAGAUCUGAUCGACUACGUCCGCUGCCGCGCAGUCUGCACACACUGGAGGUCCAGCACCGUCUGUCCCCGUGGCCGUGGCAUCGUCGACCUGUGUUUUCACCCACGCCGAUGGACGGUGCUGCCCGAGGGACAUGGAUUAGACCCUGACGACAAGGGCAAGAGACGCUUAUUCAGCCUCUCCACCGGAGUUUCCGUUUGCCCUCGACUUCCGGACGACUAUCGCAUCCUUGAUUCGGUCGACGGGAUCCUCCUACUGCAUCGGCGGCAGCGACAACACGAUCAAGGACUGUCAGGAGUAGUAUGACCAAAGGACCUAAGCAGCUGUAGGUUGAGAGGAGGCUCAACAUGGAUUGGAAGUGAAGAAGUGGUCAUUACUAGGUGAUGACUUCUCUUUGGAAGCCUUUUCAAAAUGAAAUUCUAAGGCAGCAGCGUCGUUUACCUAUCUGACACUUGCUUUUUCUAUUUAUGGACUUCUAGCUAUUGGGGAUGAUUCUUAUGGAUGCCUGGUUUGGUUUGAUUUAUAUGCAUAAAUGAAAUGAUUCUUUUGCAUACUCUGUUGGCGUGCCCUGGUUUGCUGUGUACAAUUCAAAUUUGAUGUGCUGAUUAAUCAACGAAUUGUG